AUGCCUGGACCCGGUCUUCUUGCUGACGGAUGGUUUCGUGAGGAAAAUGGGCAGUGGCCCGGUCAAGCAAUGUCCUUUAAGGUUGAAGAGGUUCUACACGAUACUCCAACAAAGUUCCAGCACCUGUCGAUUUUCGAGACCGAUCCCAAAGGGCCGUGGGGCACCGUCAUGACGCUUGACGGUUGCAUCCAACUUACAGACUUCGAUGAGUUUGUUUACCACGAAAUGUUGAGCCACACCCCUCUCUGCGCUCAUCCCGAUCCCGUGGAUGUCCUCAUCAUUGGGGGUGGGGAUGGUGGUGUCAUGCGCGAAGUUCUGCGCCACGGCACUGUCAAGCGGUGCGUUCUCGUUGAUAUUGAUGGUGACGUGAUUGAGGCAAGCAAGAAAUAUUUUCCUCAGAUUUCGAGCGGUUUCUCUGACCCAAGGGCUGAUGUGCGGGUAGGGGACGGCGUUGCAUUCGUGAGGGAGGCGGCAAGUGAAAGUUUUGACGUGGUUAUUAUCGACACCACAGACCCUGACGGCCCCGCAGCUGAGUUGUUUGGGGAGAAGUUUUAUCGGGACGUGCUGCGCAUCCUGAAACCACGCGGCAUCUGUUGUAAUCAAGGAGAGUCUGUUUGGUUGAAUCGCAACCUAAUUGAAGGGAUGGCCGACUUUAUUAAAAACAAGGUGGGUUUUGCCUCCGUAAAGUACGCUAUGAUUUACACCCCUACGUACCCAUGCGGAAGCAUUGGUUCUCUCAUAUGUUCCAAGGUGGCUGGCGUGGAUGUGACCCAACCCGUGCGUCCCGUCGAGUCGAUGCCUUUUGCGGGUGAACUGAAGUACUACGACUCGGACGUCCAUAAGGCGGCAUUUGUGUUACCACGCUUUGCCCGCCAUCUCAACCAAAACUAUUCUUGA